UCGAAUAGACCAAUCGAAUUGAAGGUGUUGAGAGGGAUACUUUUGUUUCAGUGAAAACCAGUAAAGUGCGACUGUGCGAGGAGCCUGUUAUCCUCUAUUUUCAUCAAAAUCAAAUGGCGUCUACAACCACCGUCGCUUCAACCCCACAACUAGGAAACUGCCGCUCACUCACUCGCUACAAAAAUCUUGCCUUUUCCUCUCUCUCCUUCUGCAAAGUAAACUCAUUUGCAAAUCAUGUUAGACCUUUGUUUACAUCACGGCCAAAUGAGAUUGGGAAACAGUCAUGCUCCCUAAAUUUAAAUGGUUUAUUUGGGGGGAAAAAGGAGAAUAAUGACAAGGGUGAUGAGAAACCACCAUCAAAGGCAGGAUUACUGGGAAAUAUGCAAAACCUAUAUGAAACUGUGAAGAAAGCACAAAUGGUAGUCCAAGUUGAGGCUGUUCGUGUGCAGAAAGAACUAGCAGCAGCUGAGUUUGAUGGCUUUUGUGAAGAUGAACUAAUAAAGGCAACACUUUCUGGCAACCAACAACCUGUGAGCAUUGAGAUAACUGAGGCUGCAAUGGAACUAGGAGCUGAAAAACUCUCUCUUCUGGUCACUGAAGCCUAUAAGGAUGCACACCUGAAGAGUGUCAAGGCGAUGAAGGAAAGAAUGAGCAAUCUUGCCCAAAGUUUAGGGCUGCCACCAAACCUCAAUGAGGAGUUGAAGUGAUGUACAUUUGGAUGGCUUCAAUUUUGUAUUCGAGCUUUGCAUAAAAUGGUUAUUUUAUAACGUUGGGCCUUUGUAAACAUUAUAAACUUUUCUUGGAAAUGUUGAAGAGCACAGAUAUUUCUUUAUAGCAAA